AUGAUCUUCAGCAACGUUUUCCUCACUAGUGUUCUCGCUGCCACCGCCGCAGCUCUGCCUCACCGUGUCCGUGACACCAGCUCCAGCGGCAAUGUCCAAUUCGUGAACAACAUGGGCUCAGAUGUCUACUUCUGGACGACAUCCUCCGACUCCGGCAGCAUGCAAACUCUCUCCUCCGGCGGUGGCACCUACAGCGAAAAUUGGCAGACCAACUCCAACGGCGGCGGUAUCUCGAUCAAGCUGUCCACCACCCAGACCGAGGACAGCGUGCUUCAAUUCGAAUACACCGUUGACUCUGACACGCUCUACUGGGAUCUGUCAUCCAUCAACUUGGAUUCGUCCUCUGACUUCAUUAAGAGUGGCUUCUCUGUCAAGCCUAGCGAUUCGAGCUGCCAGUCUGCUACUUGUGAGCCUGGUGACACCAACUGCGCCGACUCCUAUCAGCACCCUGACGAUGUCAACACGCUGUCCUGCUCGGUUGAUGCGCAGUACAUCGUUACUUUGGGAUAA